GAAGGACAGGGCAGGGCGGGGCGGCGCUUCCGCUGCGCGAGGCCGCUCGGGGUCGCUCGCGGGAACCCGGCGCAGUCGGCAGUCCAGCGGGCCGCGCGGCCAGAUGAAGGGUGCGAUGGAGCCGGAGCCUGAGGUGCUGCUGCAGGAAGCCCGCGAGAACGUGGAGGCGGCGCAGAGCUACCGGCGGGAGCUGGGCCAGCGGCUGCAGGGGCUGCGGGAGGCGCAGAGGCAGAUAAAGGAGAGUGCUUCACAGACAAGAGAUGUCCUCAAACAGCAUUUUAGUGAUUUAAAAGGAACCCUUGGGAAGCUAUUGGAUGAGCGAUUGGUGACCCUUUUGCAAGAGGUGGACACCAUUGAACAGGAGACCAUCAAACCACUAGAUGACUGCCAGAAGCUCAUAGAGCAUGGGGUCAACACUGCAGAUGACCUGCUCCGAGAAGGUGAGAUUGCCAUUCUUGGUGGUAUCGGAGAGCAGAAUGAUAAAUUGUGGAACUUUACCAAAAAGGCCUCACACAUUCAGUUGGACAGCUUACCAGAAGUGCCUUUGCUAGUUGAUGUACCUUGUUUGUCGGCUCAGUUGGACGAUUCCAUUCUUAACAUAGUGAAAGACCACAUUUUUAAGCAUGGAACAGUAGCUUCCCGCCCACCAGUACAGAUUGAAGAAUUAAUAGAGAAACCUGGAGGCAUCAUAGUACGAUGGUGUAAGGUGGACGAUGACUUCACAGCACAAGAUUACAGGCUUCAGUUCCGUAAAUGUACUGCAGCUCAUUUUGAAGACGUGUAUGUAGGUUCUGAAAUGGAAUUCAUAGUGUUGCACAUAGACCCCAAUGUUGAUUAUCAGUUCAGAGUCUGUGCCCGAGGAGACGGCCGGCAGGAGUGGAGUCCUUGGAGUGUUCCCCAGACAGGUCACUCCACACUGGUGCCUCAUGAGUGGACAACUGGCUUUGAGGGAUACAGUCUGAGCAGUCGAAGGAAUAUAGCCCUGCGGAAUGAUGCCGAGUCCUCAGGCGUUCUCUACUCCAGCGCCCCAACCUACUUCUGUGGGCAGACACUGACAUUCAGAGUUGAAACUGUGGGACAGCCAGACAGAAGAGACAGUAUAGGAGUGUGUGCUGAGAAGCAGAAUGGCUAUGAAUCUCUGCAGCGGGACCAAGCUGUGUGCAUCAGCACGAACGGUGCAGUCUUUGUCAAUGGAAAAGAAAUGACCAAUCAGUUGCCUGCUGUCACCUCUGGCUCCACUGUCACGUUUGACAUCGAAGCUGUGACUCUAGGAACUUCUAACAGCAGUGAAGGCGGGAAUGUCAAGCUCCGAGUGACCAUCGGCUCCAGUAACCGGGAGGUGGUGUUUGACUGGCUGCUGGAGCAGGCCUGCGGCUCUCUGUACUUCGGGUGCUCGUUUUUCUACCCCGGAUGGAAAGUGCUGGUAUUUUAGCAUUUUGGGGGCUUGGCUUUGGUGUGAGGGUUUGCUGUUUCUGUCCUUGGUUUAGUUGUACCUGACUUUGAAAAGGUGAGCUUACCUCUCUGUCCACCAGAAAUGGUAAGUAUUGCUGGGUUCACCUUGUAAGAUUUCAGUAAGAAGUGAGCUGAACACGGUGGACAAAACCAUAGCUCAGUUUUGUUUUUAGUACAAAUAUCAAACUAGCUCUAAAAGCCUGCAUACUUUUUUCCACUGUUCUUCCUAAAGUUUGUUAGAACAGAAAAUGUCACAUUAGUAAAUCUUCAUUAAGGUUGAAGGCCAGAAGUAAACAAGGAGAAGACAGUGAGAGGCCAGGCGCCUCAGUGCUUGUCCGGUCCUGAGCCUCUGCUCCCUCUGUCCCACCCGCGUGAGUGUGCUGACUUUGCUCCUGUGCUCAGUAGACUCUGCAUCUGGGAAGCUUAGUGAACUCUGCAUCUUUACAGUGUCUGAGCAAGCAUCUGUCAUAGCCAGUGUUAGCAUCUUUUCUCUGUACUGGCAGUGUGACACGUGAGGGCAGAAAGUCUGUAUUCCUCAAAGUGAAGCCACUUUUGGAAGAACACAGCAGUGUUAGCAGGUCACAUGUGCAUCCGCCUCAGCCACGCACACAGGCUGUGCGGAGUGUUAAGUCAGUGUAAUGUCAGGUUGGAAACUGGUCUUUCAGUGGACCAAAGAAAUAAAGGAUAAAUACUUGACCUAUUUUUUUAAAAACUUAAAUUUCUGUAAAAUAUUUAUUUGACUUACUUAAUAUGUAAAAAAACGUGGUCUUGUUAUACCAGCGUACAGAUAAUUUUUAAUGUGAAUUUUUUUGUUUGUUUUUACCAAUAGUAAAAAAAAGUGGAAAAGCAAGUGUGAUAUUUUUGUAAGAUAAUUUAUUUGGGGAUUCAUGUUCCCUGUUUGACAAUCAUGACUGUUCCUCACAUUUUAUGUAUAAGUAAGUGUUCUUCUCAUGUUAAAUAGAGGUUCUAGAGUGUAAGUGCCUUAUCCAGCCUUCUGAAACAAAAUAAAAAGAAAAGUUCACAGUA